AUGUCAUUCAGAGGAGGAGGCAAUAAAGGAAAUGGUAGAGUCCUACUACCGUUUGGGUUAGACUAUGCAGAUGUUGCCUCAUCAGGACAAAUUACAGAAAAACCACAAUAUAUAUUACCAGUUAAUGGUAAACCAUCAGAAAUUGAAAUAUUAGCAGCAAAACAUUCAAUAAAUUUUAAUAAAUUAGUAUCAGAUGGUCCAUUUUAUACAGGUAAAUUGGAUCAAAAUCAAAUCAAUAAAAAAGACGGAGACGAAGACGAACCAAAACUACAAUCUACAACUACAAGUAAUUCAAAACAAAUACUAAAUAAUACAAGUGAAGAUGGUAUUGAAAGAUAUAGUGAUAGAUAUAAAAAAGUACAAAAAAUUGGUAGAACAAUCCAAGAACAUCCUUAUCAAUUACAAUUUUUCCCAGAAGAAUUAUAUUCAGUAAUGGGGAUAUCAAAUAAAAAUAAAAAUAAAUAUUUAUCAUUAUCAAAAUUUUCAUCAAAUGGAGGAUUAAAAGAAUAUUUAAGUGAAUCAAAACAAGAAGAUCUAGAUUCUGAAGCAAAAGCUCAAGCUAUAAAAGAUCAAUUUUUAAAUAAAUUAAAUAAUGAAGUUGAUAAUAAAUUGAAAGAAGAUGGUGAAGAUUUACCAAGUGAAGAAGAAGAAGAAGUUGAUGAAGAAUUUGAAGAUGAAGAAGAUGAUGACUAUAAUGCAGAACAAUAUUUUAGUGGUGGAGAAGAUGAUGGACCAGAAGAAGGUGGAGAUGAUGAACCUGAAAUGUAG